UGUCACAACAACAGCAUGGCCGCCUUCUGCAGGGGCAGACACCGGUGGAAGGGGAUAAAUUAUGUACAUGUUUUGAAGAGAAACUUGACAGGGAGGUAUGACUAUGACCUGGUGGUUAUCGGUGGAGGUUCAGGAGGCCUUGCAUGUUCCAAAGAAGCGGCGCAGCUGGGACAAAAAGUUGCUGUCUUAGAUUAUGUGGAGCCGUCUGCUAAAGGUACCAAGUGGGGACUGGGAGGUACGUGUGUAAAUGUUGGCUGCAUUCCCAAGAAGCUUAUGCAUCAGGCUGCUCUACUUGGCACAGCAGUGAAAGAUGCUAAGAAGUACGGCUGGCAGAUCUCAGAGCCAAUCUGCCAUGACUGGGCCACCAUGGCUGAGGCUGUUCAGAACCAUGUCAGGUCUCUAAACUGGGGUCACAGAGUUCAGCUCCAAGACAAGAAGGUGAAAUAUCUGAACAUGAAAGGCAGCCUGGUGGACGAGCACACAGUUAAAGGACUCACUAAAGCAGGGAAAGAGACCAUCCUGACUGCUAAGAACAUUGUGAUCGCCACAGGUGGACGACCCAAAUACCCCACAAAUAUUCCAGGAGCCAUCGAGCACGGCCUCACCAGUGACGACAUCUUCUGGCUGAAGAAGUCGCCUGGAAAAACACUUGUGGUUGGAGCCAGCUAUGUGGCUCUGGAGUGUGCAGGUUUCCUCACAGGCAUCGGCUUGGACACCACAGUGAUGGUUCGCAGCAUCGCCCUCCGGGGGUUUGACCAGCAAAUGGCAGGCCUGGUGACAGACUACAUGGAGGCUUAUGGGACCAACUUUGCAUGGAAGUGCGUCCCAAAGAGAGUGGACAAACUGUCCUCAGGGGCCCUGCAGGUGACCUGGACGGACGCCAGCACAGGCGGCGAACAAAAAGACACCUUUGACUCAGUGUUAUGGGCUGUUGGCAGAGCCCCUGAAACCAAAGCCUUGGGUCUGGACAAGCUUGGCGUGCAACUCAACAAGGAGACGGGGAAAAUAAUUGUGGGCGCCAACGAAUCCACCUCAGUGCCAAAUAUUUAUGCUUUUGGUGACAUCGGAGAGGGCCGUCCUGAAUUGACCCCAACAGCCAUUAAAGCUGGGAAGCUUCUCGCCCGCAGACUGGCCGGACAAAGCUCUGAGCUCAUGAACUACGACAACGUUGCCACCACAGUGUUCACUCCCCUCGAGUAUGGCUGUGUGGGUCUGUCUGAGGAGGAGGCCGAGAGAAGGCAUGGAAAAGAUGGCAUAGAGGUCUACCAUGCCUUCUACAAGCCUCUGGAAUUCACUGUAGCUGACCGUGAUGCCAGCCAGUGUUACUUAAAGGUGGUGUGUGAGCGAGCGGGAGACCAGAAGAUCCUCGGUCUGCAUUUCACAGGUCCGAAUGCUGGAGAAGUCACGCAGGGCUUUGCUAUGGGCUUCCAGUGUGGAGCAACAUAUUCCCACUUGUCUCAGACAGUAGGUAUUCACCCGACCUGUGCUGAGGAGCUGACCAAGGUCAACAUCACAAAGCGCUCUGGGUUAGACGCCACGGUAACCGGCUGCUGAGGUUAAGCACCUCGGUCUCUGAACACGAGUAAGCACACAGGGUCCUUCGGUGGUAGUAGAAAGAAAUUAACCUGGGUCUGAUCCGGUCUCUCUUUUUUCCUCUCCGUCUUUUUGGCCCCAUAUUUGACCUCAGUUCCAUACUGCUCUCUGGGAGUUUGCUGCACCUCUUGUGUAACAGGGUUUCUUUACAGUCCAGUCAUACCGGUCAUUUGAUAACCACAGCUAUGAUUAUACCAUAUACAAGCAUGUUGUGAGUGUAUGCUCCAAAAGUGCAGGCUAUAGAUCAGGUCAGUGAGAGCGCUGACCGCAGAGCGAGCGUCUUUUAAAUAAACACGCUCAUCAAUCAGGAUUAAGGUCUGUGCUCGGGGUUUUGUUGAAAUCGUACGAGAACCAUGGUCCAAACCCAAACGUUUUUCUGAAUAUAUAUUCUACAAAUAUUGUUGUUUCUCUGGCUGUACUUCCUGUCCAUUAGUCUUGGAGGUGACACAUACCAUACACUCCACCCCCCAUGACACUGAUGGAUAGCCCUAGGACCGUGGCCGCGGUGACACCGCCCCAUUUCCCAUGGACACACACAAACAGUCGGUGGGCUGCCUGUCAGUCAGACAGCUAAGACCUGUCCAGGGAGCCCCGACUUGUUGAGCACCCAUCAGACCCGUCCUAAUCCUCCCAUGCCCUUCUUUAUUCUGAUGCAUGAAAAACACAGUGGGGCUAUAAACAUACUUCAGAAACUAUCUGGAUGCUAAAGCCAGGGCCGGAUGUUGUAAUCAAAAAUCAUUUCCUAAUUCCUUUUAGCUUAACGGCAUUUCUUGAUAUAUAUGGAAUUUUUUAUUUUCUGCAGAAAAAAACAAACAGUUGUCACAAUACCAGAGUUAUAAACUCCAGUAUGAUUCUAGUAAAAAUCAAACCAUAUGAGACCUAUUGAAUACCCCAGAAACAAAAAUAGUGUUGUUGAACAUCCUAUUAAAGGCAAUUUUUCAUUUUAGAUUAUAAAAAUGGCAGACCUUUGGUGGGUCCAAACACAUUAUGUGACAGGAAAAAAACUAUUGGCAAAGAAAUCUAAGAUGUUCAGAAGCCUUAAGCGGACAUGGAUUCAUAAAUGUUAUUGUAUUUGAUUUUUACAUGAUAAGGAGAACAUUUUGGCUGUUUCCUCAUGAUAUUUGGCUAAAUUGCCUCCUUUUUGUGGGAAUACACUGUUUUUCUAUGGUGACGAGACAAGUCCCUUAGGAAUUGACAAAAUGCUAAAAAAUACAAGUCCUCACAGUCAGUUCGCACUUCGAAUUUGGCUUUCACACUUCAGUUUUGCAUUGAUUUAAGUUUUUUGUGCACAUGUCCAACUGAUAAGAAAGAGCAAUCAAGUUCAGAUUCACUGCAUUCAUUUUUGACCAGUCAGCACCUUUGUACCACGUGACUACGUGUCUUGCUAGGAUUUAUUAUUCCUGCACUAUCCAUCAUGGACAACAAGGUAAUAUCAGUUCAGUCAGGAACACUCUUGUCAUACAUUUAACCAUUUCAUUGCAAAAUGGAUCCACAGUUUUACUUGGUGGAGAAGGCUCUGCUCAAAAGGAGCUCCCUGGGUUAGUCCAGCAGCAUGCUUUAACUUUCCAGGCACCACAUAGCUAGAAACCCCCACAUGGAAUUAUACAUACACAAUAAAUAAUAAACAUUUUUUUAUGAAAAUGUGUAUUUAAUACAGUAAAAUAAUUUCAAAAGCAUGAACACAGUAGUAUGAAUCUCAA